ACUCUGCAAGGGACCAUCUUCCCUCUCUUCUCCAUAUUUCUCACUCACACUCUGCACCACGCUCUCAUCAAUGCUCCUUCCAUCAACUUCCCUUACCCCUAGCCCUUCUCUCUUCCCCCCACUCUCUCCUCUCUACCUUUACUAAUUUCCGAAUCUCUUCACCAAUGCCCUAUCGUCUUCCUCUUCCUUCUCUUCUCACCCCAUUUCAGUAUUGACUUCCCACUGCUUCAUCCAUGGCGUUUGACCUUGAAAACCCUUUUUCAAGCUUUUACGACCUUCACUCUGACCCUCCCACCUCUACUCUCUUCCUCGUCGAAUCUGAUCACGUCCCGCCCCAAACCUACUUCCACACUCUCAAGUCCCGGGAUUUCGACAUCACUGUUAGAAGAGAGGUCAUUUCUUCAAUCUCCCAGUUGUCCUGCACAUGUGAUCCGCUCUUGUCGUACCUAGCCGUUAACUAUGUGGAUCGCUUUCUUGCCAACCGAGGGAUUUCGCAACCAAAGUCAUGGAUCCACAGGCUCCUAGCAGUCUCUUGCCUCUCUCUAGCCGCCAAGAUGAUGAAAACAGAGUUUUCUGUAUCUGAUAUACAGGGCGAGGGAGGUAUAAUUUUCGAACGGCGAACAGUACGAAGAAUGGAGUCACUUAUCUUAGGAGCCCUACAAUGGCGAAUGCGUUCAAUCACUCCCUUCUCUUUCAUUCCCUUCUUCAUUGCUUUGUUCAGACUCAAGGACCUGCAACUGGGACAGGUUCUGAAAGAUCGAGCCACUGAAAUUAUAAUCAGAUCACAAAGAGAGAUAAGGCUCUUGGAAUUUAAGCCUUCAAUAGUUGCUGCAUCAGCCCUCCUCUCUGCGUCUCAAGUAUUGCUACCUUUGCAGUAUCCGUGCUUCCUAAGAGCAAUAUCCCACUGUGCAUACGUAAAUAAAGAAAGUAUAUUGAAGUGCAAUAAUGUGAUACAAGACAUAACAAUGGAGGGGUGCGAGUCUGCGUUCGAUUUGGUUUCAAGUUCGGAGACACCUAUUAAUGUGUUAGACCAUCAUUUUCUGAGCUCAGAAAGCGAAAAAACCAACGGAACCACUAUUGCUGCCUCUACUCUGAGACAAGAGAAGGACAUUAAGAGAAGGAAAACAGCUGGUUACGGCAAUAAUCACGGGCUCCGGAUUUCUCAGAUCGAACAAUGCUGAUCUGAAACAGAGGAGUUUUAAUCCUCGCGUCUGCCCAUCGAGGACCACUAUUUAGAUUUUCUUUAUCAAGUUAAGAAGAAAGAGUCAUAAAAGACACAAGAUUGAAACUUGGUGGACAAUAUUAAUUUGUCACGGUCCCUGGUACGUCCUGAUAGAUCUGCAGGCCGGGAAAAGCAGAGGAGAGGAGAGAGGAACGUAAAUUGUGUUUUUCUAGAGGCCAGACAAAAGACAAAACAUAACUUUAAAUCCGAGAGUUGAGUCUUUGUGUUUCUGUUUUGUAGUGAAGUGUUGUUGUUUGUAUUGUGUCUUGUAGCUUCUGGCAGAAGAAUAAUAACAGUAAUAGCGCUCCGCCAGAGAAAAGAUUAACAGUAAUAGCAAAGGCACAAUUUUCUCGGGGAAGAAAAGCAAGAAUUUUAAAUUUAAUGAACCACGAGUUUUGUUGUCA